UGCACGGUGUUUAUCUACUGUUAUUUACAACCUGGAAAAUAAUAACAUAACGGUAUUUUAAGUGUUUGAUAAAUGUAAUAUAGCGAUGAUGGUUACAGAGCGUUCAGUCUUCAUCGAUAGUUUCCUGGAACAUAUUAUGCCAGGUCACAUGCUCGAUCGGGAAUAAUGGCUGCACAGGAGCCGUCGCCACCGUCGUCAUUAGAAGGCAACAAACCUGGCUUCCCUAGGAAAAUUCUGGCCAACAAGCUUGAGGACAAACAUUUGUGUAACAUUUGUCAGAAAAUCCUCCGGAGGCCUUUUCAAGCGCAAUGCGGACAUCGUUUUUGUUCAUAUUGUUUUAACAAAACCGUGAGCUCUGGUCCACAAAAAUGCAGUGCCUGUAUAAAAGAAGAUAUCUUUGAGGAGCCAACAUCAAUUUUGAAACAGGGCUGCGCUUUUCCUGAUAAUGCUGCCAAAAGAGAAGUUGAAGCCCUUGAAGCUGUGUGUAUAAAUGAAGGUUGCAGUUGGACAGGCACCAUCAAAGAAUAUGAGGCCACUCAUGAGGGACAGUGUGGUUUUAUGAUCGUUCCUUGUCCCUCCUGCAAAGAGCUCCUAAGAGCCAAUGAACUUGAACGGCACAAUGAAAGAGAGUGUCCUGAGAGGACACUGAACUGCAAAUACUGCAAAGAACCUUUUCAUUUUAAAAACAUUAAGGCUCAUGAUGAAAUUUGCCCUAAAUAUCCAAUGAUUUGUGAAGGCUGUGCGAAGAAAAAAAUUCCCAGAGAAAAGUACGUGGACCAUAUUAAGCUGUGUACCAAAUUCCGAACUCCCUGCAGAUUCCAUGUCGUCGGCUGUGAUAUGUCCGUGGAGAAAGAGAAGAUCCAUGACCACGAGCGGACAUGCUCCUACGAGCACCUGAACCUGCUUCUGCAUUUUAUCAUGGGCAUCAAGGUGAACCUGGAGAGCCUGCAGCCACAGAGCCUGGAGCUGGCCAGCCACAAGAUCCAGGAGCUGCAUCAGUCUCUGCGCGAGCUGGAGCUGAAGAUGGGCCAGCUGAAUGCGGGGUCUCCCGUGCAGGGGGCCUGCGCACCUCCUCCGCCCCCGCCGCCCACUCUGGCCACGUCCUUCACGCCGCUGCCCACCACGGUGGGUGCUGCGCUCGAGCUGCAGCUCCACAGCGAGAAGGCCAAGGUGGCGGAGCUGAGCCGCCGCUGCCAGGACCUGGAGCUGAAGGUGGGCACCUUCGAGAACAUUGUCUGCGUGCUGAACCGCGAGAUGGAGCGCGCCGCCACCACCAUGGAGGCCUACAACCGUCAGCACAGGCUCGACCAGGACAAGAUCGAGAUACUCAACAACAAGGUUCGUCAGCUGGAGAGGACGGUGGGCCUGCGGGAUCUCUCCAUCGUGGAGAUGGAAGGGAAGAUGAGGGAAAUGUCCGCCGCCACCUAUGACGGAGUUUUUGUGUGGAAGAUCUCAGACUUCUCCAAGAAGAGGCAGGACGCAGUGGCAGGGCGGGCCCCAGCCAUGUUCUCUCCCGCUUUUUAUACCAGUAAAUAUGGCUACAAGAUGUGCUUGCGCAUCUACCUGAACGGGGACGGCACGGGGCGUGGCAGCCACCUGUCUCUGUUCUUCGUGGUGAUGAGGGGACACAGUGAUGCCUUGCUUAAAUGGCCUUUUAACCAAAAGGUCACCCUCAUGCUGCUGGACCAGAACAACAGGGAGCACAUCAUCGAUGCCUUCCGGCCGGACAUCUCCUCCUCCUCCUUCCAGAGGCCCGUCAGUGACAUGAACAUCGCCAGUGGCUGUCCGCUCUUCUGCCCGCUCUCCAAGCUCGACUCCAAGAACUCCUACAUCCGCGAUGACACCAUCUUUAUCAAGGCCAUCGUCGACCUCACUGGCCUUUAGGGUGUAAGGCAUGUCUCUGCGAGCCCUGCAGAGCUCGUUCGUUUUCGCAGUGCUGCUCCGAGGCCUGGUGCCCUCUAAGAGAGCUCUGUCGCUGGGGCAAUGCGCCCUCCCCUUACCAUCGACACAAAUCUGACUCCCAGGGCAGUUUCUCUGGGAUUUCCAUUGUUCUACAUUAUGUUGCCAACCAAAAUGGUACCUGGAGUUUGUACAGUUUUUACUGUAAUAUAAUUGCCCUUAGGGAGCUGUCUCUUUACUCCCCUAUAGUGGGAUAGCUGUCAGCAGUGAUUGUAAUGUAACUAUUGAUGCCUGGUGCCAAAAAUGUGGCACUCUGCCUUUUAUAGAGAUUGAGAGAAGACUUUACUCACAGGAAUAGAAGUCAUUUCAUUUUCAAGUGCUUUGCUUGUGCUGUGGCCAGUAUUUGAGGCUUUCCUUUAUUUUUCUUUCGGUGCUUGAGCUACUUGCGAGUGAGUAUUUUUUAAAAUGUUUUGCAUAGACAGACGUGGAGUUUCAAAAUAACAACAAACGAUGCUGGUAAAUUCUUUUGCAUCUAUAUAGUUACCUUGCUUCAUAUACUGUCUAACCUUUGCUCUAAGCGUAUGCAUCGACAGUCUUCUGACAUUCCCUCUUUGCAUUGUGUGCCUCUGAUCUCUCAAGUCCUGUGUUCAUUGGUACUUAUCUGUAGUGGUGGACAUUGCUUGAAUCUCAUGAAGUCCAAAGCGCAGAAUUUGGGUUUUUGAACCCUGCUUUGUGUGUUGAGCUGUGUGUCUGUAGAGGGUUACCCCCCCCCCCCCCUUUUUUUUCCUUUCCAUUCCAUUUUGGUGUCCUUUGCUGUAUUAGUUCGCAUGUUGGAUCUGUGGAAGAUACAUUCAAGUUAGCAAAAUGACCAGGUUUGCAUCACGAACCUGAGAAGCGAAGGAGUUUCAUCAGAAAUCCCUGUCAGAGAAAAUCACGACGCGCUGGUGUGUUAAAAAAUGCUUGAUUUCUGCCUCGCAUGCCUCGGCACAGCCUGUCAUCCCACUGUACGGCCAUCCCGACAGCAAGGCAUCCGCGGUUCACACAAACACCUCAAUUGGCAGCAUUUAGAUUGAUCUGAGUGGAGAAGUAGACUGGGACAGUAGACCCUGUGUUUUUUUUUGUGGUGUGGAGGGGCUGGUGUUGAAUUGUACUUUUGGUGUUUUCUCGUUUAGAGUGUUCUAUUGAUGUUGUGCUGUUUUGGGCUAAAAUGACUAUUGGCACUCAAAAUAUAACGUACUCUGUGAACUAGAAUUUGCCAAAUGAGGCUUUGAUCAUUUUUAGUCACUGCUGUUUUGUCUUUAUCCUAUAAAGAUUCUUCAUGGGUUCUGCACUCUGUAAACAUGCUAGAAACGUGUGGUUGUUAAAGGAGCUAUGUGUUGAAUUUUUGUGUAAAUGAUCAUCCUAAAUCGUUAACAGAUCACUAUAGAAACAUUCAUCAAAAAUCCCUAAUUUACCAUAGCUCCUGUUGUCCCAGGUGACAGCAGCUCAUUGCAAAAUUCAGAAGUUUACUACAAAACAUGUGGGGGUUUUUUUUGUUUUUUGUUUUGUUUUUUUAAAGAUUUUUAUAUAUACCAUUGCAAGUGCCAUGGUGCACCAACAACAUAAUGGGUGACUGAGCCUGAUCAAAUAUUGACACAUCAACAGUUUAGCUUGUGCUAUAAUGGGCAGCAGGACCAGACUCUGGAAGCAAAGGACCAACCUGUAGCACCUUUAAGCCAUCUCAAAAUUGGAUAGGUUCCAGAAAGUUUGCCCAACUUCUUUUUCUACACGUGAACACCUCAAGAGAAACAGGAGUCUUUUUGUGAACCGCAGAGAGCAUUAAUACACUUAUUCAGUGCAUGACUCUUCCAUCCUAAGGGCUUACAGUAUACAGUAUGUCUUCCAUACGAGGUUUAUGGUCUGAUUGUUUUCUUAGAUGGAGUCUGAGAUACUUUAAGAUGCCUUCAUGCUAACAAAGCACCUAGACCCAGCCUAUUUUCAAACCAGUUCCGACAGACAUUGAAAUCUCUCUGUGCACGAGAUGUUUCAAUAAAGUGAAAAACGCGCAUAUUGUAAAGUAUUGGUUUACUUUGUAGACCAGCAUUUUAUUUGUAUUGCUUUUACUUUUUAUCUGUUGAUUGAAAACAGUAUAUGAUGGUUAUAAAUGUGUGUGUUAUAUUGCUUAUUUAAGUAUAAAUAGAUAUACUAUUAUACAGUGCACAGAGUUGUUUAUGACUGAUGUACACUGUGCAUAUGACGGAUAUUAAUUAUAUAUCUAAUAUAGAUUCUAUUAAGUAAUAUAUGUACUAUUUCCUGUUGGGAUGGUUUAAAAAUGUGUUCGGGCACUACUCUGGGCUUUAGCAAGUUCUCCUCCACUUGGCGACAUCCUUUUGAGGAAACAUGUCUCGAAAAGAUCCAGAAAGAUCUGCUGGGGUUCUUUCCCCCUCCUCCCCUCCCUCAAGGAGCUGUGUGGUUCAUUUGGCUGUUGAAGUUUUCCAUAGCUUGCUCUUUUUUCCCCCAGUGAGAUUUCAAUGCUUUUGUGAAUAGGCCUACAGAUGGGAUGUGUUUCUGUAGUGUAGCUCAUUAGAUGCGUACUCUAGACAGGCUAGCUUCAGCAUCCCUUGCAUGACACUGAUGUGGUGUAUCGUGAGCCAUUUAUAUAAAGCUUUCCAAGUUACUCGAUUAGCUUAUACAGAUAACACUUUUGUUUUCUUUGCCUUUUGACUUGGCAUUACAUUACAUAAUUGUUCAUUGUAAUGCAUAUAGUACAUUACGAUUUAGCUUGUGCAAUUAUACAAGUGUCCUUCCUAUUUUGAGUGUGAAAUCUAUUUUGUGUUCACUCUGAACGGGGUUAGGUUUUCUAAGAGGUGGCUAAGCAUUGCUAGAUACACUACAUUUGCAGGAUUUCGUCUACAGCUGUUUAAAAUACUAAGACAUUGCUGAUGACUUUGAAUAAACAUACACUAUACUAAAGUAACAGUAUUUUCUUAAGUUUUUACAUUUGAAUUAAAACUCAAGGAAAUUAUUUAUUUAUCCUGGAAUGAUCUCUCUUCUUCAACUUAAUAUUUGUGUACUUUUUUUAUUUCUUAGGUGGUAUUUAAUAAAUUGUGUUGGCAAUUGAAGUUUCUAACUUUGUAAGACUUCAUAGUUUCGCAGUCCCAUAGCCUUUCUAAUGCUGUUUUACAGAGCUAGAAGUGUUACUUUGAUGGCAAAAAAUUGUGGGUUGCUGCCAUAAGCAAUGGCAAAUGACAUGCCAAGGAAGGAACCAUGAUUCUUUUUUCCCUUUGUCAUGGUUUAAUCCUCUAUAACAUCUUCAAUAAAUGCUUUCCUGGCCUCAC